UCGGGAGCAGACACUGACACUGUCCCCCUCCAUGUCUUUUCCUCCCCCAGAAUUCCCCUACACCCCGUCUCCUCCCGAACACGGGCGGCGCGCGGGGCCGGUGCCCACGGCCAUCAUUGGGGGCGUGGCGGGGAGCAUCCUGCUGGUGGUGAUCGUGGUCGGAGGGAUCGUGCUGGCCCUGCGCCGACGCCGACACACCUUCAAGGGCGACUACAGCACCAAGAAGCACGUGUACGGCAACGGCUACAGCAAGGCGGGCAUCCCCCAGCACCACCCGCCCAUGGCCCAGAACCUGCAGUACCCGGACGACUCGGACGAUGAGAAGAAGCCCGGCCCCCUGGGUGGGAGCAGCUACGAGGAAGAGGAGGAGGAGGAGGGCGGCGGAGGGGGCGAGCGCAAGGUGGGCGGCCCCCACCCCAAAUACGACGAGGACGCCAAGCGGCCCUACUUCACCGUGGAUGAGGCGGAGGCCCGUCAGGACGGCUACGGGGACCGGACUCUGGGCUACCAGUAUGACCCCGAGCAGCUGGACUUGGCCGAGAACAUGGUUUCUCAGAACGACGGGUCUUUCAUUUCCAAGAAGGAGUGGUACGUGUAGCCGCCUCCCUCCAGAGCCUCUGUCUGCGCCCCUUUCUCCCCAGCCCCCACCCGCACGCCCCCUGCCUGUCCCCGUGCCCACUCCUCCAGGAGCUCCACAGAGACUCACCCAGCCGCCCAAAGCCAGCCCCACACUCCUGGGGAGCGGGCAGCCCAGGGCAGCUGCGACCUGGCUUGGUGUUGAUCUCCUCCCCGGCCCCGGCCCUCCCCCAUGCUGUCGUGUUCACUGUGGCUUUGGUGUCGCUGCACCUUUCCUCCUGUGGCCCUCCGCCUGCCCUCUGUGCGGGGAGCCCUGUUCUCGUCUUGUGGACCUGGGUACCCCUCCAGGGCUUGGGGAGCCAGCCCUCCCCCACCUCCCAACACUGGAAUCUGUUUGUGUCCUUUCCACUGCGGGUGGAGGGCUGAGCGGGCUCCCGGGGGAGAAGCCCCACCCCACCCCCAGAUGCUGCUCCUCUUUUCCCAGGGAGAGGGAGCCCAGUCCUCCCUGCCACAAGCAGCGGGGAGCUCGGACCCCUGGUCUAGACAGCCAUUGCACCCGAGAGGCAGGGAGAUGCUUCUCCAAAGCACCCAGGGUAGUCUUGUUACGUGAAUCGAGUUGAGGUCCCCACCCAGGGCCUAGGGCAGUGUGUUUUCCCGGUGAGGUUGGUUUUACAUUUUUUUUCCUCAUUGGCCAAUGGAGAGUGAAGUUGGCCCAGCUCUGGUGUCUCUCUCCUCUUGACCCCUAUCUGCUCCCCACACAGCGGGGCUCCGGGUGGACUCUGGCCCACGCUUCCCAUACGCCUCUACCAACACAUGAUGCAGACACCUACAUGAACACUCACCGCUCAUGUCCACCCCUCGUUCCCCUGGGGUCACAUGCCCUUGCAGGCUGGACACCGCCGGGGCCCACCCCUCUGUUCCACCUCUUCCCCUCCCAGCUGAGGAUGGGGACACCUUCAGAAGUUUCCGGGGACAGCUGAGACCAGGGCCCCCUGGAGCCUCUAUCCUAGGAGCUCAGGCUGGCCCUAAAAUGCUGCUUUCGGCAGGGGAGUUUCUCAGACUUCUCCCUUAUCUGUCAAGUGCUAGCUCGAUUCUCCUGGGGAGUCAGGGCUGGGGUCCCUAGGAUGUCCAGGUGUCAGAGGUGACCGAGUACCACCAUGGAGAGCAAUGGGGAAGGGAGUCUACGGUAGAAGUUUUGCAAACAGAUGCUGAAGAGUGCAGCUGGUACCCCACCCCCCAAGGCCAAUGCAGAUGUUCUGGGCUUGCCAGGAAGUACAGGGGCAGUGGGGUAGCCAAGAAUCCUGAUUCAGAAGCUCUUGCUCACCACUCUCCACUCCUGGCUCAGCUACACCUGGUCUCCAUUCUGGGAGGCGGAGGGAGUGGGGGAUCCUUGGGAAAGCUUUCCCUUUGAGUUACAGAUUCCCUCCUUGAAUGGGGCUCUGGAUUCCCAUCAGUCACCCAGGACGAGGGCUUCCUGUCUGUACAGUGGGGGAAAGGCCCCUCCCAGCCCUCUCCGUUCCCCCCAGCUCAAAGUGCCUCAGUUCCUCCAUCUGCCCACCCUGGUCCCCCCAGCACUCUACAUAGGAAAGACCCUGGGAUGGGAGAGGCAGGCUCAUGCCUGCCCAUUAGGGUUCCAGUUAACUCAGCCCAGGCUGUCAGGGGCUCUGUGGGAUGGCAAGUGUUGGGGGGGGAAGGGAAGCAGACCACUCUGUGCCCCACGGGCACCGACCGACCUGCCAUAGGCUUCCCAAGGGAGCCCCAGCCCCCAGCCACCCCCCCUCCCCUCCCUGGUGCUGCUAUUGAACCCCCAGCCAGCACUGUCUCUGCCCUGGCGACCCUGGGCCCACCAGCUGGGCCAUCCUCACCCAGCCCCCACUGCCCUCGCCCCAGCCCUGGCUGCCCAGUAGCCACGUAGCAGAAGUCUGAAGCCAUGCCAGCCCUGGGGCAGCUCUCCUCUCUUGGUAUUGUGGAUGCUGGAUGGGGUGGAGUUGGGGAAGAACAUUCUGGGGUCUUUCUAGCCACAGGGCAGAGGGGGGCAGAGGAGCUGGGCUGCUUCUCCUAGCAGUAUUAGUGUCCCCCCAGGGCAGAGGACCUUUUCCAUGUUACAUCACUGCCCCAUCCCACCUCACAGCACUCUGGCCCUUCUGUUUGGUCUCCUGGCCCCCAGGCAGGAGGAAAUCCCAGGGGCCUACCUGACAGAGGCAUUCUCUGUCUUCUUGAAACCAUGAAACUGAAAGAACUCUUCCUCCCGUGUCCCCCUUAUCCUACACUGCCAACCCCUAUUCCUCAUUAUAUGAUGUACUUAGGAGGGCCCCUGGGCCCAGCCAAAGCACUGAGUCCCCCUUAAGACACCUCCAUACCCUUCCCCCAAGCAAAGCACAAACCGGGACCCAUGCCACAUGCAUGGGCCAUGUGGGAGGCUCCUGCCUGUCCGAGAACCCUGCAGCACACCCAGCGGGGCAGUUGCUAGUCGGGGGCCGAAGGUAGGCAUGAGGCAGGCAGGGGUCCGCACUCAGGCCUGGGAAGGUGGGGUUUUCCAUGCCCCAAGUCUGCGGGAAGGUGGGCCCUGCUGCUGGGCCCCCCCGUAGCCCACUGGCAAAGGGGAGGUCUGGCCCAACAGAGUAGAUGAGGACGUUCCGCUUCUCCUUCAUGCCCCCAGCCUGAGCUGAGCUUCUGCCUUUGCUGGAAAUGAAAUAAACUUGGUAUUCCUUGUGCCAAGGCAUCCCCCAGUUGUCACCCUGCCUCUUGUUACCCUCCCUGUUCUUGCCCCCCUCCCCUGACCCCCCCCCAUUUCUUUAAGAUUUUGAUAUUGUUCUCACGUGUAAACAAACCGUCUGAGUCCCCUUCCAUCAGAAGGAGCUGAAAAGCAGCAGCGUGGGAUCGGUGACCACGAGCAGGGACACGCAGCCACGGCAGGCCCAGUCCACGCGCUCGCAGGGCACACGCCCCUCCAACAGACCCAAGCACAGAUGCCCCGGCGCACGCGCAGGUGUGCACACGCAGCCUCGGCAGGGGGCUGGGCUGGUCCUGCUGAAAGCCCUGCGGGGAGAGGUGAAUUCCCAGUGCUCAGGCCAGUAGAGAGACUCACGGGGGGCCUCGUUUCCCCGGGCGUGUGCCCCCUCUGCCAGCCCCCUCCCACGUGCCCAAGCCACUGGUGCAAUAAUUUUUUCUGCCAUCCUCCAAGCAGAGGAAUCGGGAACCGUGUUAGGUGGAUGAAGCCCGGGAGGAGGAGGGUGCGCGCAGGCCUCCGGGGCCCCAGACGGACCUCUCCACCAGGAGCCCGCGCCCACCAAGGAGCAGGCGGGACCCUCCCAGGCCUCCACGCCCACAGAGAGCCCUGCUCUGGCCUCAGGUGCCCGGGGGAGCAGGCCCUGAGAGGGCCCCUGGGGCCUCUCGCUGCUACUGUCCCACUGGAAGGCCAGAGGCACCCCUGCUCCAGGUGCUGCUGCUCUUCUGACUCCUGCUGUGAGGAACAGGAUUCUGGGCUGGAAAACAGUGGUUUCCUCUCUUUGUAUAAAACGGUAACAAAAUCCAGGAGAAGCUGCCGCCCCUCACCUCUGAGUGCGCCACGCUACCUUGCCUUCGGUUUCUUCGUCACGGUUUCGUCUUUGGUCCCGGGGACGGCCCAGCAGGUUCUCCUGGUUCUGACCCGGGGGGUGUUUGCAUCACCCCCUUUUACUUGUAUAAAAAAAAAUGAUGGGUUGAAAAAUGUACUGAGGAAAAAAAAUGUACUUUUUUAUAAAUAAAGUGUUUAA